CCCAGCUUCACCCACACAAUAGUGCCUUCUUGUACAGUGCGCGUGGAGAAGAAAGCCAUGGCAUCGUCUUUACCCGCAAACUUGAUAAUCUGUGAUCCAUCUUCAUUGAGUGUGCAAGAGCUCGUUAAGAAUCCCCUUCCCUCUCUUCCUCAACGCUACAUUUGUGAAGAUCAUUAUCAGCUCUCUGAAACCCUCACUGAUGCAGCACCAAUACCCAUUCUUGACAUGAACCACUUGCUCUCUGGAGAACACACAGAGAUUGAGCUCCAGAAAUUCCACUCAGCUUGUAAAGACUGGGGUAUCUUUCAGGUUGUGAACCAUGGAAUCAGUGAGGAGGACCUAGAGAAGAUCAGAAACGAGAUUGAAGGAUUUUUCAGGCUGCCACUGCAAGAGAAGAUGAAGUACAAGAUAAGGCCAGGUGAUGUUGAAGGCUAUGGAACUGUAAUUAGAUCACAAGAUCAGAAACAAGAUUGGUGUGAUAGGUUCUAUAUGACCAUCAACCCCCUCCACAAACGAAAACCAUAUCUUUUCCCAGAGCUCCCUUCAUCCCUCAGGUCUGUCUUGGAUUUAUACAUACAAAAGGUGCAGAAUCUAGGAAUGACACUUCUGGGUCUGCUGGAAAAGGCUCUGAAAAUGGAGGAGAGAGAGAUGAGGGAGCUGUUUGAGGAUGGGAUGCAAUCAUUGAGGAUGACAUACUAUCCUCCGUGCCCAAAACCAGAGCAGGUGAUGGGGUUUGGUGCUCAUUCAGAUGCUACAGGAAUCACUAUCCUGAACCAGGUCAAUGGAGUGAGUGGCCUUCAGGUUAAGAAAAAUGGCGUUUGGCUUCCUGUGAACGUCCUCUCUAACGCCCUUGUUGUCAAUGUUGGAGACAUUCUAGAGAUUAUGAGCAAUGGCGUGUACAGAAGUGUGGAACACAGGGCAACAGUGAAUUCAGACAAAGAAAGGAUCUCCAUGGCUUUGUUCUUCCUCGCCAAACUUGAGUCUGAAAUUGGACCUGCAAUGAGUCUGAUAAGCCCAGAAAACCCUCCUUUCUUCAAAAGGGUUGGCAUGGAGAAAUAUAUGAAUGAUUUCUUCUCUAGUAAGCAGCAAGGGAAGUCAUUCUUAGAGCACAUGAGGACCAAAAAAGAACAUCUCACCAGCACUAUAUAAUCAUUUGUUGUUAAUUAGCAUAAGUGUGACUCUGUAUAUCUAUCAUCUUGUAUAUGCUUUUAAGGAGGUUGAUUAGGACUGAAUAAAAGUGGUAUGAGAUAGUGUAUGGAUUAGAUUCCUGCAUGUGUAAUUCAGUAUGCAGGUCUUAUAUGUUGUCACACACACACACACGACAUGUAAAUAAAAUGUAUCGUGUUAUGUAUACUGUAUUGUAUUCCUGAAUAGUUUAAAUAAAUCUGCGUCCAAUUAUUCUUA